GUCAUUGCGGGCCUCAAGCAACGCCCUCACACGGUCAUCGACGUUUAGUUUCCCGCGAAGAAGCAGGAAACAUACUGACGCAACCGACGAGUCCUCAAAAGAUUACCGCACCGGAACCAGGAGAGCCGUGUCGGCGUCGAUAGACUUCAUGGAGCUGUGCGGACUGCGCCACGCGCCCAGCUGGCUGCUGGUGUUCUCCCUGACGGUGACCGGAGUGCUGCCGCAGUUGUUUCCGAUUCAGACCUGCGCUUAUAAUGACCCCCGUCACAGCAUAUGUCGCUACAGACCCCUGGCGUGCCCCGGCAAGCAGUUGCUACGUUCGGGAGGAGUGACCAAGGCCCAGCAGGUACACAUCGUGGAUCUGCACAACCAGCUAAGGGCCUGGGUUGCGGGUGGAUACCAGAGCGGCCUUCCCGCUGCUGCUAACAUGAGGGCGCUGAGUUGGGACGAUGAACUGGCGACUGUCGCUCAGCGCUGGGCCGACCAGUGCACAGACGGCCACGACAAAGAAAGGAGCGUCAGCCGCUUCCACGUGGGCCAGAACGUGGCGCUAGUCUGGACGUACGACUUCGAGGACGACCUGCAAGACGAGCCGGACUGGGACUCGCAGGUUUACGCCUGGUACAACGAGGCCACAGAGUUCCAUUUUAAGUCGGCUUCCAUCAGCCCCUUCAGGUUCAGCAAGAAGCUCGGACACUUUACGCAGCUCGUCUGGGCCGACACGUACAAGGUUGGUUGCGGCUACGCCUACUAUCGCCAGAGUGUCCGGGGCCUGACCAAGAUCUACGUGUGCAACUACGGACCAGGCGGUAACAUCAUCGGCGGUGCCAUGUACGAGCAGUCGCCUGUCGCCACGUGCAGACCAGGCCUUGUGCCAGCAGUCAACACCUACAGCGGGCUCUGCGACAAGGACCCAUACUACGUCGGCGACGACGAAAACGAGGACCUCGAGGGCACGUUCGGGAGCAGCGCGACCCACCUGGUGUCCAGCGGCCCCUUCCAGACGUCGUACCAGACGUUCCUGCUGAACCACCCCGCUGUGCCCUCCAUCGCCGGCACGGUGCCGUCGUCCACUAACUAUUUCCUGCUGGGCCGCAUCCGCAGGACUUCGCCGGGAAAGCAGAAACGGAACUCCACAAGCACUUUCGCUUAAGGCAUCUCAUCGUUGCCGCUUGCAGCCGCACUCCGCGAAAAGGUUACGCGCCACGAAGCUGCGCAUGCGCUGCAGUCGUUGCAGGCAAGUUAUGUCGCACGUAGGGCAAUGACCGGUUGAGUUCCUCGGAAAUACUUGAAAGGCGGAGGAAGUUUCGCACAACUAAUUUCUAUAUCGUCGCAAUAGGCGAAAAUGAAACGAACUGCUCUGCUCAAAAAAGCGCGCCCGCCUUCCUCGUGCAGUCGAAUUGACAGGAGCUUCAAUACACAUCGAAUUUGCAUAUAAUACACACCGAAUCAGGACAUUCAUACAAUAUAGCAAGCGCACGGCGCAGUUGCUACGUUGGCGCUGUAAGCUUAUCAUUUUCUUGCCUUCUAAGCGAAGGCAAGAGCGAGGGGAGAGUAACAAAGUAAGGUAUUGUAUCGAAAGGCGCAUAAGAAGCCGGAAAAACGCACAACGAGAUGGAGCCGGCGCUCCUGUACAGCUCAAAUCGCGGCUUUGUGUUUGCCUUCGAGCUGCUGUUCAAUAAUAGUGGAGCUAAAGGCAAUAUAACGUAACUGUUCAUGCAUGUUUAUGUGCCUCACGAAAAGCACGACCAUGGUCGUAGGUCAUUGCCUCCUCAUUACAUUAUUCCACUAAUUUUAUGCACUAAUGGCACUAAAGGCAACGACCCGUGUUUAUUUAGACGUGUGCUAGCAUGCUGGCAUCUGAUAUGCUUUCUCAAGUGCUUAUGUCAGUAUGCUUCUCGCUGCCUAUAAUACACGGAAGUCUGCUUCUCCGUGAACAAAGUUUCCGAAUUCCGCCACGUCUGCAGCGCAAGCGCGGCUAUAGCCUUUCGCGACACGCACCAGUGAUCAAUUACAAGUGUUCCGUGCGUAAACAAGUCGCAGCUUUCACUUCCAGAAAAAGAAGAAAGGAGCACUACCGUGUUAUGGUAUUUGCGAAGAGCAACUUAAGUCAUGGCGGUGAAAAGCAGAGGCGAUACUUCCUUUUUACUUCAAGUAUAUAGCAUCCAACUCGCGAAAGGUCGUAACCGUUUUGCUGCCUUGCUUGUCUGUGAUACAACUCAAAGGAACGAGCGGCUCAAUGAAAUGACAAAGCAAGUGACCUCAGGAGUAAAAAAAUAAAUAGAGAAAAGGAGAGGUAGCCUUUUCUUGCAUGGUCUAUACAGGGUAAACAAAUCGCUACCGCAAAAUUAAGGCGUUAAUAAUUGUUAGUGGACAUCACGUAGAUUCAAUAGCACGCUAUACUAAAACCAAGAUGUUGAUUGUAAUUUCUUGAAAUGCACACAUAUGUGAUCCAUCUGUCAAUACGGCUCAACGUUAUUACAGAUGACCAGAUUACGAAUGCAAUAGCGGCGUUGUAGCACCCACAAAGAGUUUCAUGCCUCUUUUUCGUUUAUUUUACUUCUUUUCUUUCCUUCAACACUUCUUUGAAGCAUCUUGUGCACGUUCGUCGAGAAACAGUCAUGUGACGACCGCAUUCUCAUGUUGUGUAAAUAUACGAUUUCCCGCAUCACCCGUUCUCCAAGUCAUAGGCGCGCGUAAAUUCGUAUACGCGCUGCUCAUGUACGAUAUACGUUCGCAAUAAAAUAUAUAUAUUUUUUGUA